AUGCUGGCCUGUCUGCAGAGGACCCAGAACCCACCAGGCCAACAUCUGACCUGCCCGAGCAAGAGCCUGGAGCUGCGCAAGUGCGAGACAGUGGCCAGCUCCAUGCAUUCCUCCCGCUACCCAAGCCCGGCUGAGCUGGAUGCCUACGCUGAGAAGGUAGCCAACAGCCCGCUGUCCAUUAAGAUCUUCCCCACCAACAUCCGUGUGCCCCAGCACAAGCACCUCAGCCGCACCGUCAAUGGCUAUGACACCAGCGGCCAGCGCUACAGUCCCUACCCACAGCACACCACCGGCUACCAGGGCCUUUUGGCCAUCGUCAAAGCUGCAGUCUCCUCCUCCAGCAUGGUCGCACCCACCGGUCCUGCCAAAAGUGUGCUCAAGAAUGCUGAGGGCAAGAGGACCAAGCUGUCACCGGCCACUGUGCAGGUGGGCAUCGCACCCUACCCAGCGCCCAGCAUUCUGGGACCCUUGGCUUACCCCAAGCCACCCGAGGCGCCUGCCCCACCACCUGGUCUGCCUGCAGCUGCUACUGCCACCUCUGUCAUCCCCCUGCAGGGCCGGGGCCUGCCCCUGCCACCUUCCAACCUACCCUCCAUCCACAGCAUCCUCUACCAGCUCAACCAGCAGUGUCAGGCCCCAGGCGCUGCACCCACUGCCUGCCAGGGCGUGGCCGUUCCCCACCCCAGCCCAGCUAAACACGGCCCCAUGCCCAGCUUCCCCAGCAUGGCCUAUUCGGCCGCUGCUGGUCUGCCCGACUGCCGAAAAGGCACAGAGUUGGGCCAGGGAGCCACACCAGCCUUGACAUUGGCUGGGGCCACCAAGCCUGCAGGGUAUGCAGACGGCGGCCUGGAUUACCUGCUGUGGCCACAGAAGCCUCCCCCACCGCCGCCCCAGCCACUGCGUGCCUACAGCAGUAGCACGGUGGCCAGCAAGUCCCCUGAGGCUUGUGGGGGGCGGGCGUAUGAACGGGCCAGUGGAUCGCCCCUCAACUGUGGUGUGGGGCUGCCUGCCAACUUCACCAUGGGCCAGUACUUCGCUGCCCCCUGGAACAGUGUGCUGGUGACCCCCACCAGCGACUGCUACAACUCGGCGGCGGCAGUGGCGGUCACCGAGCUGGGGCCGGGGGCAGCCCGGGAGCUGGCUGGGCCUCCCACAGAUGCCCUCUCAGGUCUGCCCAGCAAGAGCGUGUGCAACACAUCAGUGCUGAGCAGCAGCCUGCAGUCGCUGGAGUAUCUCAUCAAUGACAUCCGGCCACCCUGCAUCAAGGAGCAGAUGCUGGGCAAGGGCUACGAGACGGUGGCUGUGCCCCGGCUACUUGACCACCAGCAUGCCCACAUCCGCCUGCCCGUCUACAGAUAA